GAAUUCAACCCUCGAGUGACAUAGACGUGUCGAAAGUAGCCGUUACUGAGAGGAUUCCAUAAACACCACGUGUGAAAGUUUAUUGAACUACAGAAUUUUAGUUGUUCGGUCUGAUAGUAUAUAGUUUAACGUUUUAGGUCUUAGUGUAUAAGUAUAUAAUCAAGAAUAAGGUUAAAUUAAACUAGAAACAAGUGUGUAGUGCAUUAGAAUGGGGGUCAAGGACCCCGGGGGGUAUAUCCCCCUAGCAAACUAUUAUAGUUCCCUUGGUGAGUUCAGUGAACCAAGAAGAAAAAUGGGCAAAAAGAGUGGUACGCCAUUUUCUACAACCCAGAAUACAGAGGAAGAGAAAUUCCUGGUAAUGGAAGCAACGGAGGAAGGGAAGGAUUUAAGCAGAUGCAACCCGUUUCUGCUUCAAAAAAUCAUAGAAAACGCUAUGGGUGGCAAACCUGAAAAGGUGACGCGAUUGAAAGGAGGAAGACUGCUAAUCAGAGUGAAGAAUGAAAAGAUGGCAGGUAAGGCGUAUAAGAUCACAAAAAUUUCUGAUGGUAAAGGAGAGCUGUGCGUCAAAGUUGCGGAGCACCCCACGCUGAACAGUUCUAAAGGCAUCAUUCGAUGCCCCGAUAUCGAGUAUAUGACGGAGGAAGAAAUUAAGGAAGGAUUAGCGGGACAAAAGGUGACCGAGGUUGCGAUUAUGAAGAGAAAGGUGGAUGGACAAUUGCUAAACACGAAAACGGCUAUCCUUACUUUCAACUCGUCUAACGCCUCUCUGAAGAGCAAUUGA